ACACUGAAAAUAAAUAAAAAGUGGAAUUGUUGAAACAAUAUUUUUGCCGGAUUAUAUACUUUUACAAAAAAAAAACAUAAAAAAUACUUUAAUUAAAAUAUAAUUAAAAGAAAGAAUACUAGUAUGGCACAAAGGAGUGAUAAUGUACCAGCAGAAGAAAGCGAUUUAUUACUUAUUAAACCACUUGGUGCCGGUCAGGAGGUGGGUCGGUCAUGUAUAAUGUUGGAAUUUAAGGGAAAGAAAAUAAUGUUAGAUUGUGGUAUACAUCCUGGUCUGUCGGGGAUGGAUGCUUUGCCGUAUGUGGAUUUAAUCGAAGCUGACGAAGUUGAUUUAUUGUUCAUAUCACAUUUUCAUUUAGAUCAUUGUGGGGCACUGCCGUGGUUUUUAAUGAAAACAAGUUUUCGUGGACGAUGUUUUAUGACCCAUGCCACCAAAGCCAUCUACAGAUGGAUGUUAUCUGAUUACAUAAAAAUCAGUAAUAUUUCGACAGAACAAAUGUUAUAUACCGAAGCAGAUCUUGAAGCGUCUAUGGAAAAAAUAGAAACCAUAAAUUUCCAUGAGGAACGUGAUGUUAUGGGCGUGCGUUUUUGUGCCUACAAUGCCGGUCAUGUAUUAGGUGCAGCAAUGUUUAUGAUUGAAAUUGCUGGCAUUAAAAUUCUAUAUACGGGAGAUUUUUCAAGGCAAGAAGAUCGCCAUUUAAUGGCAGCGGAAAUACCCACUAUGAAGCCGGAUGUUUUAAUUACGGAAUCUACAUAUGGAACACAUAUACAUGAAAAACGUGAGGAUCGAGAAAAUCGUUUUACAUCGUUGGUACAGAAGAUUGUUACUCAAGGUGGUCGUUGUCUUAUACCAGUAUUUGCGUUGGGUCGAGCACAGGAAUUGCUUUUGAUUUUGGAUGAAUACUGGUCACAAAAUCCUGAUUUACAUGACAUUCCCAUAUAUUACGCUUCCUCUUUGGCUAAAAAAUGCAUGGCUGUUUAUCAAACGUAUAUAAAUGCCAUGAACGACAAAAUUCGUCGACAAAUUGCUGUCAACAAUCCAUUUGUGUUUCGUCACAUUUCCAAUUUAAAGGGUAUUGAUCAUUUUGAUGAUAUUGGUCCUUGCGUUGUUAUGGCAUCGCCUGGUAUGAUGCAGAGUGGCUUAUCUCGUGAAUUAUUUGAGAAUUGGUGUACAGAUCCCAAGAAUGGUGUUAUAAUUGCUGGUUAUUGCGUUGAGGGAACUUUAGCUAAGACUAUACUAUCGGAACCAGAGGAGAUUACAACACUUUCUGGACAAAAAUUGCCUCUUAAUAUGUCUGUCGAUUACAUUUCGUUCUCAGCACAUACCGAUUAUCAACAAACUAGUGAAUUUAUAAGACUAUUGAAGCCUCAACAUGUGGUUUUAGUACAUGGUGAGCAAAAUGAAAUGUCACGUCUUAAAAUGGCUUUACAACGUGAAUACGAAGCCGAUCCAAAUACAGAUAUAAAAUUCUAUAAUCCACGCAAUACACAUUCUGUUGAAUUGUAUUUUCGAGGAGAAAAAACUGCAAAAGUAAUGGGUACCUUGGCGGCAACAAAACCUGAAGUUGGUAACAAAUUAUCUGGCGUUUUAGUAAAAAGAGAGUUCAACUAUCAUCUUUUAGCAGCGUCCGAUUUGUCCAAAUAUACUGAUAUGAGCAUGUCUGUGGUGACACAGCGACAAUCCAUUCCGUGGAACAGUUCAUUAACUACUUUACAACUACUAUUGGAUCGUAUUGGUGGUGCAGGUACCGUUGAAGUUCUUGAAGAAGAUAAACACAUACGUGCUUUCAGUUGCAUUGAUUUAACAGUCGAGGGGAAAAUUAUUAUAAUGGAAUGGCAAGCUACACCAGUCAAUGAUAUGUUUGCCGACUCGGUGUUGGCUUGUGUAAUGCAAACAGAAAUGGGUGGUACAAACAUUAAGGGUACCACAGCUCAAUCAAAAUCAGAUCGUACACACUUUAAAGAGUGCCUGUUAGAGACAUUGCAGGAUACUUUUGGUGAAAAUACGGUGCCAAAAAUGUUUAAGGGCGACAUUUUACCCGUAACCGUGGCUGGAAAAAGUGUAGAAGUGAACCUAGAAACUUUGGCUGUGACAACAAAGGACGAUGAAAAUUUGAGGCAAAUUGUUAAUACGACUGUUCAAAAAUUGUACCAAGCUUUAGUGACCCUAUAAGGUUUUUUUCUAAUAAUAAGAAAUAAAGAAAAGUUAAUUUGUUAAAAUUAAAAUAUAA